UUCAUUCACACGCAGAUAUUUUAGAAAGAAUGGGAUGUUUUGGAUGAUUUUUGUUCGUUAUGUUUGUUAUAAGUGAAACAUUUCUAUAUGUUUAAUGAAACAUAUUUAUCAACUUAGAUUAUCGUAUUUUUAUAUUUAUUUUCAGUAUGAUCAGUGAUCGCCCAGGGACGCUACAUAUAGUAAACGUGUUGUGUGAUACGUCUUCAAAGCGAAGGACCGUGUGUAUUUGAAUUAUGUCGAACAUGGGUAAAGUGAUGAAUGUGUUGAAUUGGCUUGACUGACUGUCCCAGCUUAUCAAAUAAGUUUCUGAUAUAUAACUGUUAAAAAAGUAACUCGCUGUAUUUGCUUUUUAAAUAUAGAGAGUAGGCGCACUAGUUCAUCUACGUUUGAUCCUAUUUAAUGGAACGCUGAACGUUAUUCUCAAUAAUCAGUGUAUACAUGGAGUAUGAUAUGAUAUAAAUGUGAAAGUUAACUGGAAUACGAACGGACCACAUGCCAAAAUUCAGAGAUAUUAACAGAUAAUAUAUUCAAUGGUUAAAUUAUGAAAGCAGCCGACCUAAUCGAAUUUCUGCUGCAUGUUGGGCUUCUGGCAUAUUGCUGCAAAGGUAUAUCUGCUGAUACUACCGGUGCCGUCAAAUGCUCAGAUCUCACAAUGUUCCAAUGCUCCGAAGAUCCACUGGAGUGUAUAGAAAGUCAUCUGAAAUGUAAUGGUGUCAGCGAAUGUGCCAAUGGUGCAGAUGAAAGCGUCCUUGCGUGUGGAUGCCUUCCAAACGAGUUCCAGUGUAAUAUGACGUCGUGUAUUGACGUUAUCAAGCGUUGUGACCGCAAUCCAGAUUGUCAAAACGGCGAGGAUGAAAUGGACUGUGAAACAUACGCCUGUCCGGCAACACACACGAAAUGUGCGAAUCAUUACUGUAUACCCUUAGAAGACGUCUGUAACUAUGACGAUGAUUGUGGAGACAAUAGUGAUGAAGAAAAUUGUGAUUAUCGAGAUUGCUACUAUACAGAAUUUGCAUGCACAAACAGACUCUGUUUACCUGAAGGAAAGCUUUGUGAUGGCGUGGCAAACUGUCGAGAUGGCAGUGAUGAACAAAACUGUGACCAACAUUUCCAGUGUGAAAAUGGCUUCUACAUUCAAAGGAAGAAAGUUUGCAAUGGCUACAUUGACUGCCAGGAAACACAAGCAGACGAAACAAAUUGUACAAACUGCGCAGCAGAUGCAUACAGAUGCGCAAACGGACGAUGUAUAAGAAGAUCCAAUAUGUGUGAUGGAGAAUGUGAUUGUAAAACCACGUGUGAUGACGAAAGCAAUUGUGAGACUAACGCGUGUCCUAUCGGGGAAAGCUAUAUCUGCAAGAACAGUAAUCGCUGUAUUGACAAAAAGUACCUUUGUGAUGGAGAGAACGACUGUGCUAACACUCAGUAUGGCAUGGAUGAAUAUUUCUGCAGACAUAACGCGUCUACCUGUGAUCCACUGACGGAGAUUUGGUGCUCUGAAGGCCGUUGUUUACCGGCAACAGGACCUGACAGUGUCAUAUGUGACCACUACGCAGACUGCCUGUAUGGAGAAGACGAACAAAAUUGUGACUAUCCGGCUUGCAACUCCAGUCAGUUUCAAUGUGACAACGGUCAAUGUAUACCUCUAGAGCGACGUUGUAACGGUGGCCAUCCGGAUUGUUAUGACCGAUCUGAUGAACUCAACUGUGAGAAAUAUUCCUGUCCUUAUGGUACGACAACCUGCAAAUCUGGGCAGUGUAUUCCUCAGGAACACUGGUGUGACUAUGUGUACGACUGUGUUGACUUCUCCGAUGAAACAGACUGUGUUCGACCGCGGUGUCAUGGCGACCAGUUCAGGUGUUCAAAUGGUCAGUGUAUAGACAGGAGGUAUGCCUGCUACAACGGCAAGAAGAUUGGUCGUGAGGGAUGCAUGGACGGAUCGCAUCUACUGAAUUGCAGAAACCAUACCUGCCUACCCGGACAGUUCAAGUGUACAUUUUCCUACUGCAUCGACAUGGAAGAUAAAUGUGACAACAACAUAGACUGUAAGAUGACUUACAACGACGAGAAAGAUUGUGGAUUUUACUGCCCAAAUCCAGAGAGUGUAUGCAAAUGCUUAGAUGUAGAAAUGCACUGUGAAGACAGAGCUCUACAGAGGUUGCCGUACGAUCUCUCCAGGGAAGACAUUACCAAAUUUCACAUGGCGCGAAAUGCGAUCAACAUUACCAGUUCUAUGUUUGAUGAACUCAGUAAACUAGUUUACCUUGAUCUUAAUGACAACGGAAUUCUUCAUAUUCCUGAUGGUUCUUUCAAAUCGCUUUGGCGCCUGAUAACUCUGAAAUUGGAGGACAACGCUAUUGAAGUUAUUAGCAACGGAACAUUCCAAGGACUGACAUAUCUCCGCACAAUGUAUCUUGGAGGAAAUAAGAUACGUGAAAUAGCUUCUUACGGAUUUAUUGGACUGUCACAUCUGCAUGCUUUAAAUUUAAGCUACCAGGCAAUAAAAAGGUUACACCAAAACACCUUUUCUGGGCUUCGAAACGUCCGAACACUGAAUCUCUCCCACAACGAGAUAGGCUAUAUUGAAGAAGGGGCUUUUAAUGGACUGACAAGCCUCUUAACACUAGAUCUCUCGUAUAAUCGCAUUGGAACGGUCAAAGCCAACACCUUCAAUGGAUUGAGAUAUCUGGAGUUGCUAGAUAUUUCCAACAACGUCAUCGACAUUAUAGAAGACAGUGUAUUUGACGGACUCAUAUCGCUAGAAGACUUAAUAACGGACGAGUUCCGGUUCUGCUGCGCGGCCAAGAUGGUUGGUAAUUGUCUCCCGGAGCCAGACGAAUUCUCGUCUUGCACGGACCUCAUGUCCAACUAUGUGCUUCGAGUGAGCAUCUGGAUCCUGGGUCUGGUCGCUUUCUGGGGAAACAUUGUAGUGGUGGUCUGGCGGAGUAUGGACAUGAGAAACGGAAAGGUCCAUUCAUUUCUGAUUACCAACUUGGCAGUCGGUGACUUUUUUAUGGGAGCAUACAUGAUGAUAAUUGCCGUCGUUGACGCUUACUACCGAGGAAGCUACAUUUUGUACGACCGAUUCUGGCGGGAAAGUGUCCUGUGCAAAAUCGCAGGAUUUCUUUCAACGUUUUCAAGUGAACUAAGCGUAUUGACGCUCACAGUAAUAACACUUGACAGACUUAUAUGUAUAAUAUUUCCACUCCAUGUAAGGAGACUUAAACUCAGAGACGCGUGUUGUGUGAUGUCAGUUGUAUGGUUAAUCGUCGUACUGAUAUCUGCCAUUCCUUUAAUGGGUAUUGACUACUUCGGGAAUUUCUAUGGACGUUCCGGAGUGUGUUUAGCCUUCCAUAUCACGAACUCAAAACCAAAAGGCUGGGAGUAUUCUGUCGGUGUGUUCCUAGUGGCAAACUUUUCCUCCUUCCUUGUCAUAUUUUUCUCUUACCUACGAAUGUUCUUUGUUGCCAAACAAACACGGAGUGCUGUUCGAAAAAUCCAGGACAAAAAUGAUAGUGCUAUGGCUCGGCGAAUGACGUUGAUCGUUGCUACGGAUUUCUUCUGUUGGGUUCCUAUCAUUCUUCUAGGAUUUGCCUCACUUGGAGGGGCGCGGAUUCCAACCGAGGUUUUUGCUUGGGUUGCAGUGUUUAUACUACCAUUGAACUCGGCCAUCAAUCCAGUUCUAUACACUAUAUCUACAGCUCCAUUUCUACGUCACUUCAGAAGAAGGGCUAGCUUUUUUAGAAAGUCUUUCAAGUUUUCUUCAAAAAUAGAGACAAAGCAUAGUUUUCUAGAAGAUAGGUCAUCCCAUGUUUGGGACCGGAAACCAAUAUACAGACACCUUGAAUUGAUGCGCAUGCGCAAUAUGAACAAUACGCCACUUACACGAGAAACACAGAGUCACAGUCGUUCUACACAUUCGCAUUCCGACAAUUUGCUUUGAGAUUUUGGAUAAAAUACCUGACAUAUUGUGCAUACAUUUGCCCAAAAGACAAUUCGUUGUUAUAAUUAUUACAUGUAGUUGCACAGAAGAGUGAGCUUUAUACACUAAUAUACUACUAAUAGACUAUUGUCGACAGUUGUAUGCAGUCAAAAUAAUAACACAUUUUCACAUAGAUUUUAUUUCCAAGACGUAAUGCAAAUAUUGUUAAUUAUAGUAGUAAUGGAAAUAAAUUAAUAAAAAAUUAAAUCAUGCAAUACCAAGAAAUGUUUCUACUCGGUUCACCAAAAUGGAAUAAAAUGACCAACUAUUUAUACGUUUUAUUGCCUUUCAACAGUGGAUUUAUGUUAAUAAACAUAAAAAUUAACAUAACGUUAUAAACGCCCAACCGAUAACACUAGGAAUCCAACAUUUGUACACAUUGUAUAGAUGUGACACUUCUGCAGUUGCGCUAUUUAAAAUUGAAACGGGUUUUCCGAUCGGUGCUGAAUAGGUGUGCUGAACACAUGUUAUAUCUUGUCCAAAUACAACAGACAACGUAUGACUAAGAAAACAGAUAAAUAUAUCAAAUGUUGAUGUUUAAAUAGCCGUGUGAUACAUAUUUUAUUUGUAUUGUCUGUACAUUAUAAAUUUCCAGUUUUUUGAGAACAUCUCUAUAGUCUCACUUUUUCAAUUAUAAUUCGUAUAAAUAUAAUAUUCGUUUUUAAAGCUAUAACAACUUUCUAUUUUACGUGUGGCAUAAUAAAUUUUAAGACUAUACUUGGCAAUUUGAGAAAAUUAUUCAAAUACCUUAUAUGGUCAUUAUGAGUAACAAUACGUAUGUUUUAGAUAUUAAGUGUGUUUUAAAUACAAUAUAUAAUAUAGUUAACGCUUAACAGCCAUACCAACUUGCCAUAUUUUGUGAGCCAUGCAUUUUAUUAUUUAAAACUACGAAUACUGUGAUUUUAAUGCUCUGAUGUUGUUAUGUACAUUUUAGUUAGUAUUUAUGUCAAUGCUAAUGUUUAAUUGAAAUCUUACACAGUCAUAAAA